AUGCAGGUGGCUAUGCCGGAACCCGUAGGUCUGCACGUCUAUAGCUCCUGGAACGCCGAUGAUCAGGCGUUACUGGAUAUUUUACUCCUGUCUGAUCCAGUUGAGACGCCGCCGAUGCAGGACGUGCACAUGCAAGUGGCUUCGUCGUUGUCUGAAGUAACGGCAACGACUGCAAAAGCCUUGCCGGUCGGUAAAGACGAAGGACUUAAGAGCAAACUUUCGGCUGUUGAGCGGCGUGUGCGACACCGUGAGGUAGUUAAGCGAGCGUAUCAUCGUAAUAAGGCUGUGCUCAAGAGUUUGCGCGACAAGGUCAAGGAGCUCGAGCGGCAGCUAGAAAUGCUGUCGCUGUCCAAGCACAAGAAGGAACUUGUUGCUGUUGUGGCAAUUGACCACCACCACCACCACCUUCAACGUCGACGACAAUAUGCCGAGCUAUUGACGGAGCAGGAGGAGCUGAUCAAUGCAACUGCCAAGCUGCGGCUAUUACUGAACCGCCGGCAUCAAUUUGCUGCGGAUAUCGUGGCUAUAGCUCAACGAACUGCAGCGGUUUCGGGUAAUGAGUCGGACGAGUCGGACGAUGUGUCGGACUCCGACACGGCAACAACGGUAUCGACCGACUCGAUGGCUACACUUUCGCCGUCGUCGUCGCCUGUGCACAGUAGCACUGCGAGAUCGCCAUUAACGAUGGCCUCUAGUGGCUGCGAGGUGUCCCCGCUAAGUGCAAAGCACAAGACCAAGCUGUUACUCUACGGUGAGCCACGUCCGACCUUAGCGGGCCCGACUGUUACAAGUAAGACGUCGCUGGCAGGGGCUCUAUGGAAGCAGCUGGGGUACAAGCCACUGAGUUUUCAGGAGUCAACGGCUCUGGUGAAUGAGAUCUACCACUCGGUGCUGUCGUUCUCGUUGAGUGGAAAGGCCAUUAGCACGGGCGUCAGUAUCAUGGGCUGGGCGGACAAACGUCUAUUGGAUGGAACGAGGCUCAAGUUUUCGCUGCGGAAACAGUUUGCUGGACUCAACGCGUUGCAAUUGAUGACCAGCACGUGGCAGUGCUUCUCGGAUCCAGAGUGUAUCGAAGCCAAGUUUCACGGCCUUAUGACUCUGCGCAUCCUGCAGCGUGUGGAUGAUGACACGAUCGUGGCGUUACGUGAGAGUCAGAGCGAAGAUGGCGAGAAGCUGUAUCGGUGUGUGUAUUUACUGUUCCGCGUACGCACUCGGAAGGGGUAUCUCAUUUGCGUGCAGUCGGUUGCACCCGAGCGUCUGACCGAUCCCUCGCUGGCUCGUGUUAGCCGAGAUGGCAAGCUCGUGCAGUGGAUAGAGCUCUCAGGUUGGUUCAUGUUUGAGCCUACAACCGAGUGUGGAGACAGUUGUGGCUUCUAUCCCCAAGAAGGUGUGCGAGUCGAGUACGGGGGAUGCAUGGACAAUGGUGACUACGAGUCAAUCGCAUUGCUCGCUAUGAACACGCUGUCCAUUGCGUUCAAGUGGGAGAGUAUGAUGAUCGGCCCGAUGUUUACCCUGCUACCGUCCUUUUCGUAA